AGGUGCUCCCGUCCAAGCUUCAGCCUUCCUGACCUACACAAGACGAUCGUAGACCAUGAGCUUCUGCAAGGACUGUAUCAGCGGCGUUCGCCACGAGGGUAAUCCCGAAGGAAAGAUCGAAAAGAUCGGCGGUGUGGACUGCUACGUCGCGACGCCCACAGUGGAUUAUCCCAAGAACAAGGUUCUCUUGUUCCUCACGGAUGUCUUCGGUAUCACCUUGACCAACAGCCAGCUUCUGGCGGACGACUUUGCCAAGAAUGGCUUCAAGGUCGUCAUCCCCGACUACCUCCACGGUGAUCCCGUCCCCUUGGACGCCUUCAGCGGAAGCAGCAGCUUCAACAUCGGGGACUGGUUUAAGACGCACGGUGAAGCCGACACGCGCCCGCUCUUGGACAAGGUCAUCGCUGCCCUCAAGGAACAAGGCGUUACUGAGUUCGGCGCGACGGGCUACUGCUUCGGCGCCCGCUACGCUUUCGACCUCGCGUUCGAGGGCAUCGUGAAGGCAGUUGCGGUCGCUCACCCCUCGCUCCUCAAGGUACCGGAUGACCUGGAGAAAUACCUCUCUACCUCCAAGGCACCUCUCCUUAUCAACUCCUGCGAGGUUGACCAGCAGUUCCCGAAGGAGGCGCAGGCCAAGGCAGAUGAGGUUCUGGGCAACGGCAAGUUCCAGCCUGGCUACACGCGGCUGUACUGGGAGGGGUGCACCCACGGCUUCGCAGUCCGCGGUGAUCUGAGCAAUCCCAAGGUGAAGGCCGGCAAGGAGGGUGCUUUCAAGGCUACAGUUGAACAUUUGUUGAAGCACCUCUAAACCGGUGGCGGACAGAGGUAUUGUUGACAUAGAAUAAUUUUAAAGAAGUGUUAAAGUCUGAUGUACGUUGCUGUCUGACCCACUGAGGGUAUCCACGUUAUCACAUAAGACUGAGGGCCUGAAGAUGUGUAUUCCAAUACAACAGGUACAGAACGAUGUGGAGAAUCUGAGAGUACAAUCAAGGUAUCGUGCAAGUGCGAAUAGAAUAUAUAAGUCACGCCUUCCCCAUAGCAGCAGCUGUAGCGCGUCUCCGCUUGUUCCCUCUCCGAAUCUCCCCCAGAUCGCUCUCCACCUCGUUCUCUUUCACCGUCGUCAAUAUAACCAGAGCCUUCCCCAAACCCCCAGUAGGCUUCUCCUGAGUUUUCUGCUUCCGCCUGC